CUUCCUCCUCUGCCAUUUCUUGAAAACGAUAAGAAUACCUGCACCAUUUGCGGCCGGGGAGAGCAUGAUAGACACCAUAUAAGCAUACUAAUGCCAAUUGCGAGAAAAGGCGUGAACCUACACUUCACUUUCGUUAGCCAGAGGCUUCGAUAGGCGAUCUCUGGUUGGGCUUGCUCCUUCCUUGUGCAGACUGAACUAAACAAUGUCCGACACGCCACACUCGGGAAGAGGUCGUGGUAGAGGAAGAGGGCGUGGUGUUUCGAUGGCUCGCAUUCCUAGCAGUGCAUCAGACACGACAUCCACAUCAUCUGCCACAUUUGCGUCCCCUGUGCUUCCGCCGAGUACGAUGGCAGGCUCUCCUGCAGUGCGACCAGCGCCGCUUCUUCGUUCACAGUCUGUACCCCAAUAUUCCUCCUCCCCACUUGCCGUCGCUGUGUCUCUUCCCAACUCGCCAACCACAGCAACGACUGCCGCCGGAAACGUUUUUCACUACCAGCCCGGUCACCCACAAUAUCCAACCUACUUGGCGGCUCUGCAUUAUUACAUGAACCAAUACAACGUAGCGUCUCCCAACGGGAACCCUGCUGCUACCGGUCUACCAGGAGCAACCCCUUCAUCUACUCCCGGCGCCACACCUGUUGCCUCCCCCCAGAAUCCUCCCGAUUUUCAAAGACAGGCCAGCAUAUCAAGUGCAGUUCCAGGGUUGGAGAAUGCAGCAGGGUCUAUAGUGACAGGCGCGGCAAGCACCCAACAUAACCGUCAAACUCCCAACACGGCUCGUAACAUGCAUUCCUCAAUCAUCUCAAGUCUGUCGGCAAACUUGCAAGCAGCAUCCUCUCGACCCCCUAUGCUUCCUGGAGCAGCGGGACUAUCCACACGACCCACUAUGCCCCCUGUUGAUCCCAGUACUCUACCAAUAUUGACGAAAGACAGGAUACGGCAUAUGGUGGCUCAGGUGGAUCCAUUGCAGAGGUUGGAAAAUGAUGUCGAAGAGAUGAUGCUGGAGAUUGCCAAUGACUUCAUUGCACGGGUAACCGAAAAAGCAUGCAAGUUGGCACGGCAUCGGGGCUCGGAUUCAGUCGCCGUGCGGGAUGCAAGAAUACCACUGGAACAAGACUGGGGUAUUCGCGUUCCGGGCUUUGGCACCGAUACACGUGACCGAGAUGACAGGGAAGAGCCUUCCGGCGAGAAAGACACACUCACAGAUACAGAGAAAACCCGUCAACACAUUGCUAGAAUGCAAAAAGUGCGGGAAGCAAUUCGCGAAGCUGGACGUGGGAAGCACAUGCACCAGGGGGCAGGAGGUGUCAAAAAGAUCGCGGCGAAGGGAAAGGAUAAAGCAAAGGAAAAAAGGCGCAGUUGAACAGGGUCGCCACUGCUGUAUAGUUUAUGCGUGCACUUUGAAGCAACAUGUAGAUACUAUUUUGGAUCGUGUCCAUUUUCCUUCGACCGAGGUCAUAUCUGUGUUUUAACAGUACGUUCUCUGCCUUUCUCUGGCAAGGCUUGAAUAAAAAAGCUACAGUGUCGAAAGUGGG